AUGCGUACUGCAGCCCAGAGGCAGUUUGUGUGCGCGGCCGCCGCCGAUCAAGCUUGGCUGCCUCGCGCCGGGGCCUUUGGGAGGCUCUUCUCCCUCCCCGACCCUCCCGGAACUCCCAUCUUCCCGACAUUCCCCGCUUCAGGGUCCCCCGUUUCCCCUCCCCCCGAGGUCCCAGGCGCCAUGGUGGGCUCCCACCUGGACAUGGCUCCGGCCCCGCCUGCGGAGGAGCCGGGGGAGCAGGCGGCCCCCCCUCCCGGGCCCCCCCCUGCCCCGGCCCAGUACGAGUGCGGGGAGUGCGGCAAGUCCUUCAAGUGGUCGUCCCGCCUGCUGCACCAUCAGCGGACGCACACCGGGGAGCGGCCCUACAAGUGCCCGGACUGCCCCAAGGCCUUCAAGGGCUCCUCGGCCCUACUGUACCACCAGCGCGGCCACACGGGCGAGCGGCCCUACCCCUGCCCGGACUGCGGCAAGGCCUUCAAGCGCUCGUCCCUGCUGCAGAUCCACCGCAGCGUGCACACGGGUCUGCGCGCCUUCACAUGCGCGCAGUGCGGCCUGGCCUUCAAGUGGUCCUCGCACUACCAGUACCACCUGCGCCAGCACACGGGCGAGCGGCCCUACCCGUGCCCGGACUGCCCCAAGGCCUUCAAGAACUCGUCCAGCCUGCGGCGUCACCGCCACGUGCACACGGGCGAGCGGCCCUACCCCUGCGGGGUCUGCGGCAAGAGCUUCACCCAGAGCACCAACCUGCGGCAGCACCAGCGGGUGCACACGGGCGAGCGGCCCUUCCGCUGCCCCGCCUGCCCCAAGACCUUCACGCACUCCUCCAACCUGCUGCUCCACCAGCGGACCCACGGCCCGGCCGCGGCCGCCGCCACGCACCGCUGCGAGCCCUGUGGCAAAGUCUUUGCCUCCGAUGCCUACCUCCAGCGCCACCUGCAGACCCACGCGGCCGCUGAGGCGCCCCCACCCCCUCCGCCGCCGCCUCCGCCGCCCCCCCCUGCCCCCGUGGUGCCCGAGCUCUUCCUGGCCGCCGCCGAGACCACGGUGGAGCUGGUCUACCGCUGCGGGGGCUGCGAGCUGGCCUUCGCCAGUGAGACCCUGCUCUUGGAGCACCAGCCCUGCCCGGGGCCCGGGGUGGAGGCGGCCGCCACCCAGCCCACAGCCUUCACCUGCUCGCCGUGUGGCAAAGCCUUCAAGACCGCAGCCGGCCUGUCUCGCCACCAACAGAGCCACGGGCCGGCCGGGGCGCCGGCCUACCGCUGUGGGGGCUGUGACCGGGCCUUCCCCCAGCUGGCCAGCCUCCUGGCCCACCAGCGGGCCCACGCAGAGGAGGCUGCGGCCGGGCGACCUCUGCCGCAGGCCGAAGCGGCUGAGGUCACCUGUCCCCAGGAGGCCCCGGCCCCGGGGCUGGCCCCCGCUGGCGACCGACCCUACAAGUGUGCUGAGUGCGGCAAGGCCUUCAAGGGCUCCUCUGGCCUGCGCUAUCACAUGCGGGACCACACUGGCGAGCGUCCCUACCCGUGCGGGGAGUGCGGCAAGGCCUUCAAGCGCUCCUCGCUGCUUGCCAUCCACCAGCGCGUGCACACGGGCCUGCGGGCCUUCACCUGUGCCCAGUGUGGCCUAACGUUCAAGUGGUCCUCCCACUACCAGUACCACCUGCGCCUGCACUCUGGGGAGCGGCCCUACCCCUGCGGGGAGUGCGGCAAGGCCUUCCGCAAUACCUCGUGCCUGCGGCGUCACCGGCACGUGCACACGGGGGAGCGGCCGCACUCCUGCGGCGUCUGCGGCAAGAGCUUCGCGCAGACCUCCAACCUAAGGCAGCACCAGCGGGUGCACACGGGCGAGCGGCCCUUCCGCUGCCCGCUCUGCCCCAAGACCUUCACGCACUCCUCCAACCUGCUGCUCCACCAGCGGACUCACUCGGCAGAGAGGCCCUUUGCCUGCACCAUCUGCGGCCGAGGCUUUGUCAUGGCCGCCUACCUCCAGCGCCACCUCCGGACCCAUGCCCCGGCCCCUGCCCCCGCCGCCGCCACCCAGGACGUCCACGUUGUCCCCCACCUUCAGGCUACGCUAUCGCUAGAAGCCGGGCCCAGUCCGGCCAACUCACAGACCUUCCUCCUUGUCCAGACGGCACAGGGCCUCCAACUCAUCCCCAGCAGCGUCCAGCCCCCCCCACCCACACCCCCUCCUCCACCACCAGCCCCACCCAAGGUCAUCCUGCUGCCGGCCUCUGGGGCUAGGUCCCGAAAGGGCCCAAAGAAUGGUGGGAGGGCGGGUCAAGGGCCUGGGAUGGUCUGGCUCCCAGGACCUGGGGCAGCUGGGGGGCAGGGAAGUGGGAGCAGCAUUGCUGGAGGUGGGGGGCAAAGCCUCAUUGUCCUACAGAGUGUGGCCAGUGGAGAGGUGGGGCCACAGGAAACAAGUGGGGUUCGGCUACAGUCUCUCCGGCCAGCACAGGAAGUGACCACUGUCCAGCUCCAGCCCCUCCAACCUGCACAGGAAGUGACCACAGUCCAAUUACAGCCCCUCCAGCCCACACAGGAAGUGACCACGGUCCAAUUACAGCCCCUCCAGCCUGCACAGGAAGUGGCCACGGUACAACUACAGCCUGCACAGGAAGUGACCACUGUCCAGUUGCAGCCCCUCCAGCCCACCCAGGAAGUGACCACUGUCCAACUGCAGCCCCUCCAGCCCACCCAGGAAGUGACCACUGUCCAGUUGCAGCCCCUCCAGCCCACCCAGGAAGUGACCACUGUCCAGCUCCAGCCGCUGCCCCCCACCCCAGAUGUUUCCCUGCAGCUCCAGCCAGUGGCCAGCCCCGGGGGGUCCAGUGGACCAGCAGAGGCUCAAAAUCUGCUGGUGGUGCAGGGUGGGGCGGGGGAGGAGCUGCUGGCCACCCCUGGGCCUGGGGGAGCUGCGGGCUCUGGGGAGGGGGGUGGGAGUGGCGGUGGUACUGUGGUUCAGGAUGUGCAUUUUGAGACAUUACAGACAGCAGAGGGCCUGCAGAGCGUCCUGGUACUGAGUGGGGCAGAUGGUGAGGAAACAAGGCUUUGUGUGCAGGGAGUGGAGACCCUCUCUCCAUGCCUGGCCGAGUCCCCUGCCCCCGGCCAGCAGGGUCAGAAACUUCUCAUCAUCCGCAGCGCCCCAGCGGCCCCCUCGGACCUUGUAGAGAACGUGCCAGGGGCCCCCCUCCAGCUGUUGUCGCCCAGCCCAGCCCCCGUGCCCACCGGGGCUACCCCUGGGCCGGGCUCACAGGUGGUUCAGGCUGUCCCUGGGGCGGGUCCUGGGCCCGGAGGUGCCGCCCAGCCAGGUUUGCCUUCCAUUCAGAUAGUGCAGGCUCUGCCCGCCAUACAGCUGGUACACACCUUCUGAGGGAGGCCCCAGGGGCUGGACUCACCCCAGCCUCAGGGGGACCCCCUACCAACAAAGAGGAGAUCUCCUCUGCCCCCACCCCCCUUCAUUGGGAUUGGAACAGAAGCAGCCAGGCGGGUCCGACCAGCGUUUAUUAAUCAAUGUCCUUUUAGAAAGAGGACCCCCCCCCCCCCGCAAAGCUCUCGUGGGGUGCUGGGUCACCCGGCCAAGCUC